CUUAUCUAAACCUGCUUUGCUUUCACAUAUUUCAGAAUUUUCCUGUUCUGUUGUGGCGCAACGAUAGGCAAGACAAGCUGUCGCGCCCUCCUGUGCUGCACUUGCAUCGCCGCCGGUGUCAGCUUGACCUCCUCUUCCACGGCAGGUCGAUCCCACCCAGCAGCCCACGGGAUCCGAUCCCAUCUCCUCUUCCGUCUUCCCUGUCGCUGAUGUGCAUCGCCGCCGGUUGAUUGACCUCCUUUUUGUCGCGCGCAGCCACAGCUCGAGGCCAUAUAUCCUCCACGGCAGAUCGAUCCAGGCAGGAAUGGAGGCGGCUCUGGUGAGCGUGGUGACGGGGGCCCUCAAACCCGUCCUGGAGAAGCUGGCUACUCUGCUUGGCGAUAAGUACAAGCGCUUCAAGGGGGUGCGUAAGGAUAUCAAGUCCCUCACUCAUGAACUCACUGCCAUGGACGCAUUUCUCAUGAAGAUGUCAGAGGAGGAGGAUCCUGAUCCGCAGGAUAAAGUUUGGAUCAAUGAGGUGCGAGAGCUGUCCUACGUCAUGGAGGACUGCAUCGACGAUUUCAUGCUAAGUGUGGCUGAAAAGGACACAAAGCCGGAGGGCUUCAUCGAGAAGAUGAAUCACGCACUAGGUAAGUUGGGAAAUAUGAAGGCUCGUCGUCGUAUUGGAAACGAAAUUCAUGAUCUGAAGAAACAGAUCACUGAGGUGGGCGAGAGGAACAUGAGGUACAAGACUCGUGAGGCCUCCUCCAAGACCAUGAAUGCAACCGUUGACCGUAGAGCUCUUGCCGUCUUUGAGGACGCGUCAAAGCUUGUCGGAAUUGAUGAAUCUCGAGCCGAGAUUGUCAAAUUGUUGACUGAAGGUCCGUCAACACGAGAACAAGCGAAGUUGGUAUCCAUUGUAGGACCUGGAGGAAUGGGCAAGACAACUCUUGCAAACCAAGUGUAUCAACAUCUGAAAGAAAAAUUCGAAUGUCGGGCCUUCUUAUCCGUGUCGCGAAAUCCAGAUAAAAUGAAUAUAUUCAGAACUAUUCUCAGUGAAGUUACUGGAACAGAUUAUGCUAAAACUGAAGCAGGUAGCAUAGAACAGCUUGUCAGAAAGAUCACUGAUUUCUUAGAAGGCAAAAGGUAUUUUUUUGUUGUUGAUGAUAUAUGGGAUGUUGAUACAUGGGAUGUUAUUAAGCUUGUAUUCCCCAUGACUAGUUCUGGCAGCAUCAUAAUCACCACUACUCGUAUAAAUGAUGUUGCCAAAUUGUGCCGUUCAUCAUUCGGUGGUGAUAUUUAUGGUAUAAGGCGUCUUAAUGUGGUGCAUUCAAGAGAGUUAUUUCACAGAAGACUAUUCGAUUCCAAUGAAGAUUUCCCUUCACACCUUGAAGAAGUUUCUGAUCUGAUAUUGCAAAAAUGUGAUGGGUUACCUCUAGCAAUCAUUACCAUCUCGAGUUUGUUAGCUAAUAAAGAGAGAACAGAGGAUUUAUGGCAUCAAGUGAAAUAUUCAAUUGGUCGUGCACUUGAAAGGAAUCAUGGAGUCAAAGUAAUGAUGAAUAUAUUGUCACUUAGUUACUUUGACCUGCCUCCUCAUCUAAAAAGUUGUCUCUUAUAUAUGAGUAUAUUUCCGGAAUAUGCUAUUAUUGGAAGGAAGGGUCUGAUACGGAGAUGGAUUGGUGAAGGGUUCGUUCACAAAGAAGACAGAUAUACGGUACACGAGAUAGGAGAGAAAUAUUUUAAUGAGCUUCUCAAUAGGAGUUUGAUCCAACCCGUGAAGAUAAAUCAACAUGGUAGGGUGAAGACUUGCCGAGUUCAUAACAUAAUUCUUGAUUUCAUCAUAUCCAAGUCAAUCGAAGAGAACUUCGUUACUUUGGUUGGUGUUCCCAUUCUUACAAAUAGGACAGAAAAUAAAGUAGUUCGUCGACUUUCUCUGCAACUCAACAAACAAGGAAAUUCGACGAUACCAACAUCAGGUCUGGUAUUUUCUCAUGUCCGGUCCGUUAAUGUGUUCAUUUUUUCUGUGGAAAUUCCUUUGCAGAAAUUCGUACAUUUGCGUGUUCUGGACUUUGAGUAUUGCAACUUGAAAAACCAUCAUAUUGAAGAUAUAGUGAUGUUAAUUCACCUGAGGUAUCUUAACCUCAAACGGACAGGAAUAAGUGAGCUCCCAAAACAAAUCGGGCGUUUGGGGUGCUUAGAGAUGCUGGACAUAAGAUGCAACGGGGUAGAGGAAUUACCUGCAUCUAUUGUUAAUCUUGGAAAAUUGUCGCAUCUGCUUGCUGACGGUUAUAUUAAAUUUCCUGAUGGGAUUGCGAAGAUGCAAGCACUGGAGACUUUGAAAGCCAUCACGGUCUACAUUCAGGGAUUUGACUUCCUAUUGGGCCUUGGGCAGCUAAAAAACUUGAGGAAUCUCGUCCUCCAAGAAAUCGAUGUUGAUUCUUACAGUGAUACUGAUAUGGUUGAGUGCGGCAGAGUUAUGGUCUCAUCCCAGUGUAAGCUAGGCAAUCAAAAUCUACGUUCUCUGAAUCUGAGGAAUGGGAGCAGCCUCUUACAGGAACCUUUGUGCAUAGUCACCCUUGAGAAACUUAUUACCAAGUCUUCAGCCGUUACACGGGUUCCGGAAUGGGUGAGCUCCCUUAGAAACCUCCAACAGCUACGCCUUGAAGUGGAGGUAGUUAAGCAGGAUGAUCUCUGCAUCCUUGGAGCCUUACCUGCUCUGCUCAUUCUUUAUCUGGAAGUAGUAACAAAGUCAAACGAGAGGCUCAGAAUCAGUGGUGAAAUUGGGUUCCGAUUCUUGAGGUAUUUUAUUUAUGAAGUAAGUUAUCAGCCGGUAGAUCUGAUGUUUGCGGAAGGAUCCAUGCCCAAGCUAGAAAAACUAGAGCUUAAGGUCCUGCGCGUAGCUGAAGCCGACUCUCUCGAAUUUGGAAUCAAAAACCUCCCCUGUCUCAGUAUUGUCAAAUGCGAAGUAAUUUGCGACGAUGAUGAUUAUGGAGACGUAGAGACUGCCAUGGAGAGAGCAACCAGCACACAUCCCAACCACCCUACUCUACUCUUUAGUAGUUUGGGUUGGUAAAACUUCAACUUGUAAAAGUGUGGAUGUCUUCAGAAAAGCAGACCGUUGAAACAGGGGGACCAAAACCAUCAGGCCCCCAACCCUCCGCCCCCAACCCUAACCCUCCGCCCCCAACCCUCCGCCGCCGCCGCCGGCGGUAGCGCCGCCGGGGCAAAGUCCCUCGGGGCGUGGCGGCGGCGGGGGGCCCUUCCUCGUCGCCGCGUGGAGAUCGGCGGCCGGAUCCCCGCCUCAUCGAUGCUUGGUGGAGCAGACGCGCGUGGGAUGGGCGACGGCGGCGGCAGCCCUCCUCCCGUCGGCUGUCCCCUGGCGGACCGGUCGGCACGGGUGGGAUGGGCGGCGCUGCAGUCUCCCUCUUCUCGUCGGCUUCCCGCAGCACUUCGGCAUGGGUUGGUGGUGGGUGGCGGCCAGACCCUCGGUUUGCGCCAUGACAUCCACCCCCGCCUCUCGUUGGUGCGUGGAGGCGAUCUCGGGCAUCUUCCGCGACACGAGGGCGCCCGGGCAGCAGCCUUGGGUUUGACGGAGGAGGUGGCCUCUUCUUCGCCGGAGAGGGUCGGCCUGCGGUUGGUGGUGGUGGAUUUUUGAUCUAUCAUCGCCAUCCGGCGGUGAGAUGGAGGUGCAUGGAAGCCGGCGAUGGUGUCGCCGGUGGAGGGUUGGGUUGGCCAGCCCGGGAUGGUCGCCGACGUGGGGGUCCGGACUGAAUAAAGGCGGUGGUCCUAGGGCCUCUCUUGCAUGAAGAGGAGGACCUACCGGAGGCCUGGAGUCGUGAUCUGGCCGGAGGGUUGAGUUCCGGAAGGCUCCGCCGGCGAAUGUAACAGUGCUUUGCCUGGAGUUUGCUGGAUCAGAGGUAUUCGGUCGUGCGCACCCAUGCGUUUAUUCCGACCGUUUGGUUCUGGAGGGAGCGGCGCGAAGCUCUUUUUCUGUGUUUACAUCAAGUGACUAUGGAUCCAUGAUGAAAGUCGGAAGAAGAGAAUUUCAUGAAGGCCGGAGGGGAGGACUAGCUAAGGGAGGUUCAAGUCUCCGCGCUGUUGAGGGGCUUGCUUGGUGUCCGGGCUUCACAGUAGCGGUAUGAAAGUGGGGGCGACAACACAUGUGAAGCGCAGAGUCCUACCUUUCAGGGUGAAAACCCAAGGUCUGGCCUUAACUGGUUGUGCCUGGCAGUGACCUUGGUGGAGGCAUUGUUUUGAGAGUGAGGACUAUCUUCAGGGUGAAAACCUAAGAUCUUUGAUCGGGCGACGACGGUGUUGGAACACUGUUCCCUUCUUGGAGGCGUCGUUUUUUGGAGAGUCUGCAAUUCAGGUGUUGUCAUGGUGGUGGAUGUAUUGCUGUUGUUAGGUCCGUGAUACUGUAGCGGGACUUUUGUUUCUUAGUUUCUUUUCCUUUUUUUUGGCUGUGUGCAUCCGUAGUGCCAUUAGGGUGGUGCGUUGUUGCAGAGGCUGGGUGUAAUUGGUAUCUCUCGAUAUUAAUAUAUUCCCUUUAUCGAAAAAAAUCCAGGAGACCGUUAGUAAGAUGUAUAGAUCAUUUUUGUUAGAAAAAAAAGAGCUCUCAGAGUGAUCGUCCUUUUUCUCCACCUCUAACUGCUUUUUU